GGUAUACGAUGGAGCUGCAUCUCCGAUCAGUAGAAGUAUAACGAUAUAAUUUAGGAUUUUCUGGUGUCUUUUGUCAUUUUUCACAUAAAUCAAUAAUUUUUUUUUCUAAAAUGAAUACGGAUUGGUUUUGUUUAUUUUCAAACUAAAUUCAAUUUCGAGUAUAAAAAUGUCAGUGAUUAGACAAAUGGAACCGCUUUUAUUUUAUCUUCUUCAAAUAAGUGUAUUGAUUUUGAUGACACAAACACCGAUACAUGGCCAAAUGGACAUUUAUCGAAGCAUUAAAUCAAAUUUCAGGCAACCAUGGAGUAUUUCGCCUAGUGCUAGAUUUCUAUCGCUUUUUACAAUUUAUCAAUGGAACGGCGGUUGCACUGCCACGAGCGGAGAAUAUGGAAUGUGUUUGCCAGAAAACGAAUGUAUUGGUAGGCGUGGAAUACUGGGUGGGCCUUGUGCACAAGGAUACGGCACAUGUUGCGUUUUCAUGGCUUCUUGCGGUGAAAUUGUUCGUGAAAAUGGAACCUAUUUUGUGAAUCCAAAUCAUCCGAGUCAAUAUGAAGGCACGGGGAGCUGUCAGCUAACUGUGGUGAAACGUAAUCCAAACAUUUGUCAGAUUCGGCUUGACUUGGAGCAUUUCUCAAUUUCCGGCCCAGAGCAGCUGAACCAUGUGUGCAAUACCGACCAAUUUUUAGUAUCAGGGGGUAGCCCAGUUCCGAUUAUUUGUGGCAGCUCGAAUGGAGAACACAUAUAUAUUGACGCAGGCGUUGGUGAUAACAAUCCCAUUAUGUUGACAUUGAUCACAUCUGGCCCACCGUUUCCCCGCAUGUGGCGCAUUCGUAUAACUCAAAUUGAGUGUAGUAGCAUAUCGAAAGCAGAUUCAGGCUGUCUUCAAUACCACACUGGCGUUUAUGGGAAAGUGAAGAGUUUUAAUUUUGAUUUUAAUGUUGGAAAACAAUUGUCCAAUCAAGAUUACUCCAUAUGCAUAAGACCAGAGCGUAAUUUCUGCAGCAUACAGUAUACGGCGUGUGCAGAUACAAAUUCAAAUCGAUCUCGGUCUUUUACAUUGAGUGGAAACAGUAAUAUGGCUGUGAGCUCUAUGGUUGGCGGCGGAUCUCAAGGGACUCCAAAUUCAUGUGUUAACGAUUGGUUGUUAAUCGGAUGUGCCCGAGUUGCUGAUCGUUUACCACCAUCGAAUACAUGCGAAGAUCGCAUAUGCGGUGGCGUAUUUAAUGCUGAAAUUAGUUCGAUGGAGAAGACAGUCAUCAGCAGCAUACGGCCGUUCCGAUUGGCUUUUCACAGCGACGCCGUGGAGGCACCUACUGACGUUGACAACAAGGGAUUUUGCCUGGAUUAUGUUCAACAACCAUGUACAAAUGGCUGACAUGGAUAAAAAUACAUUGUUUUUAUUUCAACUGAAACAAAACGGAUGAUAUCAUUCACACAGUUCUAUUGGACUCAUUCAUAUAUUUAAGGUGUCAGUUAUCGUUUUUAUUAUCAAGCAACAAUUAAAUACACAAUAAUUUUCAUAGUUUUUCAUUAGUAGAUUAUGUUCGAUAUCAUUUCAAUACUCAUUGACUAUUUCGAUUGGAACAUAUAGAUGAGAGAUAUUUCAAAAUAGUCUUAAAUUAUAUAUAUAUACGCACAAAUAAAAUUCUAAAUCGAUAAAA